AUGUUCGUGAUUGACGCCGACGGAACUAAGUUAGGCGUUCUGGAACGUUACCAAGCGCUGGAGUUAGCCGCCGAGAAACGGUUGGAUUUAGUGAUUAUUUCCGCUAAUCCCGACCAACCGGUGGCCAAACUGCUUGACUACGGUCGUUACAAGUACAACCGCAGCAAGAAGCGCAAGGAAGUUAAAGCUAAGCAGUCUUUCACUAAUAACCGCGAAGUCCGUUUGACGGUCAUGAUCGGCGAACACGAUUUAGACGUCAAAGCUAAAAAAGCCCGCCAGUUUUUGUUGGCCGGUGACCGCGUCAAAGUUUCGCUUAAGUUCCGUGGUCGCGAAAUUGUGCGGCAAGAACUUGGUCACGCCAAACUAGACCAAUUUUUCCAAAAAGUGGCCGACGUGGCUCAAAUUCAGAAACCACCCGCGUUAGCAAACGGUCGUUUUCUAGACAUGUACCUUGUCGCCACCAAAGUCUCUAAAAGUAAGAAGGAGGGGUCGCCCAAUGCCGAAAAUGAAAACCAAAAAAGCGCUCCGAAAAAGAAUUAA